AGGAGAGGUGACAGAUAAGAGACAUAUCUCGCCGCAUCCUCACCAAAAUAAUGGGUGUAAUAGAUGGUGUAGAUGUUGGCAUUCUUUUAGGGAUUGGGGUUGACAUCCUUUGUUCAUAUGGGUUAUAUCGUUUGUACAAACGAGCAUUGCGCAAUGCUGUAAACAUAGAGAAUGUUGAACAGUAUCAGAUCAAUCAAGACCUGCAUAAAAAGCUUGAAUAUAUGCCCUACAGAACCAUACCAUAUGGGUGUAUAGAAGGAGUUGUCAGCCCGGUGGGAACGACACUGAAGAGUCACUUCAAGGAGAAAACUGAGGGAGUCAUGCAACACCACUCGCUAAUUGAACAUAAAUCAAGGAGGGUCCAAGGCAUUUGGUCUGAUGUGAAAAAUGUCAUUAGAGACACACUAGAGGUGAUUCCAUUUUAUCUCGUUCCACAUGGAAACUCAUGGUAUCCUACAAAAGUCAUGGUUACUGAGCCAAACUCUGCAUACCAUAUUGAUGAAGAGUUGACCAUCAUCCAUGAAAACUUUGCUCAGUCCGAGUCUAAUGUAUUUAAGAAAGGAAUGGAACUUAUCAGCGGAGAGGUGAACAAGGGUUACCAGGAAUCAGAAAAAAUGUUACUUGUUGGAACACACCUUUUGGCUAUUGGUAAACUUGUUAAAGAGGGAAGUGAUAUAAAGAUGAAGCCACCCUCUUCUGAAUAUAGGUACAUCAUCUCCCGGAAAACCAAAGACGAGUUAGCUAGACUACUCAGAAACAAGGCCACAUGGUUAAAAGUCUUUUUAGGAAUAUUUGGAGUAGCAGGAGUUGCUCUCAUUUGUUACUUUGUCCAUAGAUUUUACAGAAAACUUAGAAAUCAAGAGGAGGAAGAAAAACUAAGGAGAAAUCUUCAGAAGAAAAGAGAGAUAGAGGAACAAAGGCGGGCUAGAGCUGCACAUAGAUCAAAUCCAGACAGUUUAUCCCCCAGUGAAAUGUCCAAUUCAGAUAGCAAUAAAUGUGUUAUCUGUCUUAACAAUGAAAGAGAGGUUGUACUCUUAGAUUGUGGACAUGUUUGUCUAUGUGGGGACUGUGCAUUUGCACUACCAGAACCAAAGUUAUGUCCUAUAUGCCGCAGUAAAGUAGUGAGAUUUGUUACAACUUACACUCCAUGAUAAAAUUGGAUAUCCUGCUAUGUUAGCUCUGAUGUAUUGAUCAAAGUUCAUAUUUUUGUAUAUUGUAGUGCUAAAGAGAGUUCAGUAAAUUAAUAUAAUUUUUA